AUGCAGCACCUACGGAGUAAAAGCCCUUUUGCUCACCGAGCCGUGGCGUACGCGCUACAGGGUGCAGGAAUUCAAGUUGAUAUAGGCAAUACAACACCGGGCUUUGGCUUCAUUGCGGCCCCGAUCCAGCGCCUCUUCAGAGAUCUCCCGCAAGAUCUGACCUCGAUUCUAAGGGUGCUUUGUGUACUUGGAAUCAGGUUCGAGCGGACGUAUUUGCACUCCAGAGAGAUGAAAUGGUCUCAACCUUUUAGUAUUGUCUUUUUCUUCCUUGAAGACAUCCUAAACUCGACUUCGCCCUCGGAUUUUGCCCGCACCUUGACUACUACCGACGAACGAGAGUUUGCUGGGCUGAUUGAUCAGGGGUCGUUUGAUGAAGAUCUGGCUCAUCGAUUGUCCAUGCGUUGGGAGAAGUUGAGCAUUGAGGUUUGGGAGUGCUGUAAGGCGCUUCCAAAGAUGAUAGAAUACAUUCAAGAGAGUCUUCAGUCCCUUUUGGCUCUUCGAAAUUAUCACUCGUUGACAGCCAUUCUGAGCGGGCUACACAGAUACAGCAUCUCGGAGUCAGCAAUCGUGCGCACAGACAACGGAACCACUGCCUUGGCUACGAACCCAGUGUUUGAUCCCGAAUUUCAGUACCUCAUUGACCCCGCCCAGAACUAUGCCGCAUACCGCCAGCAAUUCAACUCAGUCCCUGGAAUUCCUUUUCUAAUCCCCCAUCUGAGCGAGUACCGAAAAAGCGGCGAUGCGGUAGUACUACAGAUACUGUUUCAGCAACUGAAAGCCGUUUUGCCUCAGCGCGUCUAG